AAUGGAUUUAAAACAUUAAAUUUGUUUUAAAGUGGUUCAGAAUCCUGAAGAUGAUUUUAAUAACACAUCGAAACUGGUAGAGCUGAAAAACAGAAAUAAAUGGAUACAUCAAAAAGUGCAAAAAAUGAAAUUCCUCCAAUUAAAAAGAAAAUAAAAAUGGAGAUUUUUUGUUUCAAUAGUGAUCUUAAGCUAAUUAUAUUUUGAACCUAAAAUCCAAAUUUAAUCAACAUCCUGUCUACAUCGAAAAUUUAUGCUGAAUAGGUCACGAUCACAAUUGAAACGAAAAGAAUUUGCAAACAAACUUAUCAAGUUUCGUCGACGAAUCCUUAAUUAAUCAAUGAAUUAAUCAAACGUCCGAAAAAAUAAAAUGACCCCCAAAAAAAUAAAGGACCGGUAUAAAAACUCCACCAAGCGCGGUUUUUUCAGUUCAUUAAGAAAUGGGUAUUCAAAGCGCAACGAAAUUGUACGAUUUAAAAUCGAAAAUGGUUAAGUCGGUGUAUUCGAAACCAAAAGUUGGAGAAGAAAUUGUUAUAACAGGAAUGGCUGGAAAAUUUCCUGAUUCUAACGAUGUCAAUCAUUUCCGCGAUAAUCUCUUUAAUAAGGUUGAUUUAGUUUCUGGGGAUUAUAGGAGGUGGAAACCGAUUCAUCCGGAGGUUCCGCAAAGAACCGGAAAAAUGUUUGAUAUUGAGAAAUUCGACGCGGGGUUCUUUGGGAUUCCCAAAAAUCACGCGCAUAACAUGGAUCCAAUGUCUCGAUUGAUUUUAGAGAGAGUUUACGAGGCUUUAAUUGACGCGGGUCACCAUCCUUCUGAUUUAGAAGGAACAAAAACCGGGAUUUAUUUGGGGUGUUGCUUCUCAGAAACUGAAAAAUCAACUUUUUGGCACAACCUAACAAAUUGCGACCCAAUAACGGGGUGCCAACGUUCCAUGUUGGCGAAAAAAAUAAGUUAUUAUUUUAAAUUAAACGGGGUGGGUUUUAUUGCUGAUACGGCUUGUAGCAGCACUUUAUUCGCUUUAGAACAUGCUUAUCGACAUAUUAAAGAAGGAAUUUCUGAAAAAGCUAUCGUUUGCGGCACCCAAUUAUGUUUGCAUCCGAUUGUUUCGUUGCAAUUUGCUCGAUUGGGGGUUUUAAGCCCGGAUGGUUCUUGCAAAUCGUUUGAUGACGCCGGAAAUGGCUACGCAAGAUCAGAAGGAAUCGUUGCGAUCCUUUUAGAAAAAUCUAAAGAUGCGAAAAGGAUUUACGCAGAGAUUGUGCAUUCAAAAACAAAUUGCGAUGGUUAUAAAGAGCAAGGAAUAACAUUCCCUUCAUCGGGGAUGCAAAAAGUUUUGAUGAAAGAGUUUUAUGAGGAGUGCCAAAUUGAUCCUGCAACGUUAAGUUUUGUGGAAGCACACGGAACCGGGACGAAAGUUGGUGAUCCUGAGGAAUUAACGACGUUGGAUGAGAUUUUUUGUAAGAAUAGGAAUCGCCCUUUGCAUAUCGGGGCUGUUAAAUCAAGUAUUGGGCAUAACGAACCAGCUUCGGGGAUAUGCUCGAUCGUAAAAGUUUUAAUUGGGUUCGAAUCGGGGUUUAUCCCCCCCAAUAUUAAUUACACCACCCCAAGGAAAGGAGUUGAAGGCUUAGAAAAGGGUAGACUCGUCGUUGUGACGGAAAAAAUCCCAUGGCCUGAUAAUUUCGGCUUGGUUGGGAUAAACAGCUUUGGAUUUGGUGGAGGAAACGGCCACUUAUUGUUACGUUGGAACCAAAAAGUUAAAAUAAACGGGGGAAUCCCCAAAGAUGAUUCACCAAGAUUAAUUUGCGCAUCGGCAAGAAAUAAAGAUGCGAUUACAUCGAUUUUCGAUGAAGCCUCAAAGAUGGAUUCGGAAUUUAUUAAAUUAAUCCACCAAGUGUUUAGCAAAACGAUCCCAAAUUCGAUUUAUAACGGAUUUUUGAUAGCCGAAAAAAGCGGCGAGAUCAAAAGAGUCAUCAAAGAAAAUUUAAUUAAGAAAAAAUUAAGAAUCGUCUUCAACAACAUCGACAAAAAUUGGUACCAAUUAGGGGCGAAAUUAAUGGAAAUCCCCCCAUUUUCCGGAUCAAUCCAACAAAUCCACGAAAUAAUCAACAAAGAAAUCCAAAUUAACAUCACCGAGAUUCUCACUGACCAAAAAAUAAGAAACUCAACGCAAAAUUUCCUCGGAUUUAUCGCCGUCCAAUUAAGCUUGGCCGAUUUAAUCAAAAAUUUGAAUUUGGAUUUUAACGAAAUCGUUGGGGUGGGAUUUGGGGAGUUUUCCGCUGCUUAUUUAGACGGGGUUUUAACGCUAAAAGAAGCUAUACUUGGUGCUUAUUACACAUUGAUGGGAAAUAGAGAUAAAAUUAAAGGAAUUUUUGCAAACAAAGUUUUAAAACCGAAAAAAUGGGUUAAUAAGCAAAAAGAUUCAAAGAAAUUUAUCCAACCCUUAGAUUAUUUCAUGGAAAUUGUUUCAAACCCGAUUCAUUUUGAGGAUGGAUCCAAAAAUUACAUCAAUUUAGUUAUUGGGGAAGCUAAAAAUGAAAAAUCUGAUUUGGUUUUGAUUAGAAAUGAAUCAAAUCCGAUUUAUGAGUUGUUAAAUUCUUUGGGGGAGUUGUCUCUUUGGGGAUUCCCCUCACAAUUGGAUUAUAUUUACCCAAAAAUUUCUUUCCCGGUGAGUAGAGGAACCCCGAUGAUUUCCCCAUUAAUUAAGUGGAACCACUCCGAAAAUUACACCGUUCAUUUAUACGAAAAAGACGAGGAGCAACAAAGUGGGCAACGCGUCAUGCACAUUUCGGCGCGUUUAGAAGAAUGGACUUUUAUAACAGGGCACGUAAUCGAUGGAAGAAAUUUAUUCCCAGCCACUGGGUACUUGGCGCUAGUUUGGGAGUCUUACGCCAUGAUUAUCGGGAAAUUAAUGAGCGACACAGCGAUGGUUUUUGAGGAUGUCAAAUUUUUACGCGCUGCCAAUAUCCCAAAAGAAGAAACUUUAACGUUAAAAGUAAUCCUUCAACUUGAAAAUAAACUGUUUGAAAUCAUAGAAGGUGAUAAUUUAUUAGUUACUGGGACUGUUUAUGCUUUAAUUGGGGACGAAAAUAAAAUGAAUCACCCCGAAAUUAUUUUAAGCGGGGAUGAGGAAGAAACCGCAAUGAAUCAACGCGACAUUUACAAAGAAUUAAGAUUACGAGGUUACCAAUAUUCGAAUAAAUUCAUGGCGAUUAAUUCAUUUAAUUUCCACCAAAAUAAAGCGAUGAUUUCUUGGGAGGGGAAUUGGAUUGCUUUUAUGGAUAACAUGCUCCAAGUCCAAAUACUUUCUCAAGACACAAGAAAUUUAUACGUCCCAACCAGCAUCAAAAAAGUCAUCAUCGAUGGGCCUCAACACAUAAAAAGCGCAACAACCAACAACAACUUAAUCCCCGUUAUUUACCACGAAGAUUUAUCAACAAUUAAAGGGGGCGGAAUCGAAAUAAUCGGCUUAGGGGCCAACGCAAUGUCGCGAAAAAAAGCAGCAGAACCAGUUUUAGAAUCAUACAAAUUCACCCCAUAUCACGACAAAUUACAAAAACCGCAAGCAAUUAGAAGCUUCGUCCAAACAAUCUUAGAAAACUCAACCACAAUUAAAGUAAAAGCCGUUGAAUUAAUCGCCGAAGAAGACGAUGAACCUCUCUUAAUCUUAGUACAAGAGAGUUUGGGUGAUUUACCUUUAAUCCAGGCAGAGUUAAAAAUUCUCUCAAAAAACGAAAAUUUAGAUCUCCCCGGAAUUACGGUUGAAGAUAAAAGUCUCAACACAGAAACUCAUUGUCUUAUUUUAAUAACAAAAAAUAUUUUUGAAAACCCCACCUUUUUAUCAUCAGCUUUAAAAGCAACCAGAGACGCCUCCGGGUUUAUUAUUUCCAAAGAAAACCGAAACGCACCCAUUAAAGAGCACCCCCAAAUCCAAAUUUUAUCUUCCUACGAAAACGACGACAACAAAUUAAUUCUCAUCAAAGAGUCAUCUCAAUACGUCGAAAAACUCCCGAUUAAAAUAACCGAAAUAAACGAUUUCUCAUGGAUUGAAAAUUUCCGUCAAAAAUCGUCAUCGAAUCGGGUCGUUUUGUAUUCGGAAAAAAUCGAAAUUAAUGGGUUGUUGGGGUUAACGAAUUGUUUGAGGAGGGAACCUUCGGGGGUUAACACUUCGCUUGUUUUGGUGACAGAAAACGCGCCCCAAUUUAACGUUAAAGAUCCCUUUUAUAAAACUCAACUUGAAAAGAAUUUGGCCAUAAAUAUUUUUAAAGAUGGAAAAUGGGGUUGUUACCGACACUUUUUGUUAGAUCGGAUUGAAAGUGUCCAAAAAGAACAUUGUUACGUUAAUGUUACAUCGCGAGGGGAUCUCUCAACUUUGAGAUGGAUUGAGGGGGCGUUGUGUUCUACGUCUAUUUCGGAACCGGAAGCGGAACUUGUUAAUAUUCAUUACGCAUCGUUAAAUUUCCGCGAUAUCAUGACCGCAACGGGAAAAUUACCUCCAGAUGCUAUAACAAAAGAUAGAAUUCUCCAAGAAUGUAUCCAAGGCUUAGAAUUUUCUGGUUGUUUAGCAUCAAAUCCGUUUAAACGCGUGAUGGGGACGUGCGUAAGCGGUGCUUUAUCAACAAUGAUUAUGGCCGAUUCAAAACUUAUUUGGCCCAUCCCCAAUGGAUGGUCUUACGAAGAUGCUGUUACAAUCCCCGUUGUUUAUGGAACUGUUUAUUACGGUUUCUUCAUGCGUGGAAAAAUGCGACGUGGUCAAUCAAUUUUGAUUCAUUCAGGAACCGGAGGAGUGGGACAAGCCGCCAUAAACAUAGCCACUCAUAUGGGGUGUAAAAUCUUUACAACCGUCGGCACAAAAGAAAAACGCGAUUUCAUCCAAAAAAAUUUCCCCCAAAUCAAUUCAAACCACAUCGGGGAUUCCCGCUCCACAUCAUUCGAACAAAUGAUUUUCAAAGAAACUAACGGAAAAGGUGUCGAUUUCGUUUUAAAUUCUUUAGCGGAAGAGAAACUUUUAGCUUCGGUGAGGUGUUUAGCGAAAAACGGGACUUUUUUGGAAAUAGGAAAAUUCGAUUUGGCGAAUGACAACGAAUUAAUUUCGAGUUUAUUGAAGAAACAGGCUCGAUUUGAGGGGAUUAUGUUAGAUCACCUCUUUGCAGCGGGAAUUGAUCGAUAUAAAGAGACGUUAUCAAACUUAAUCCGAGGCGGUCUUUUAAACGGUUCUAUUAAACCUUUAAUUCGCACCGUUUUUAACAGCGAUCAAAUCGAGGAAGCUUUUCGGUUUAUGGCAACUGGAAAACAUAUAGGAAAAGUAGUUAUUAAAGUGCGAGAUGAAACGAUGAAACGAAAAGUUGAAGUGUUUAAAGGAAGUCCAAGAUUAUCAUGCACCCACACCGGAUGUUACAUCAUCAUCGGAGGUCUUGGUGGUUUUGGUUUAGAAUUAGCCGAUUGGUUAAUAACGAGAGGAGUGAAACAUCUCGUUUUAACAUCCCGAACUGGAAUUAAAAAUGGAUAUCAACGAUUCCGAUUAAACAUUUUUAAGAAUUACGGAGUUGAAACUCACAUAAGAAACGAUGAUAUCACCACGAAAGAGGGUUGUAGGACUUUAUUGAGUUUCGCUGAAACUUUAGGACCCGUCGAAGGCAUAUUUAACUUAGCCGUUGUUUUAAAAGAUGCUCUCUUUGAAAAUCAAACGGUUGAAUCGUUUGAGGUCUCGUUAAAACCCAAAGCUUAUGCGACUCAAUAUUUGGAUGAAAUUUCAAGGGGAGUUUGUGUUAAUUUGAAGUAUUUCGUUGUGUUUUCUUCGGUUUCUUGUGGGAGAGGGAACGCUGGACAAACUAAUUAUGGGAUGGCGAAUUCGAUUAUGGAGAGGAUUUGCGAGAGGAGGAAAAAAGAGGGUUUUCCAGCGCUCGCGAUUCAAUGGGGGGCGAUUGGGGAUGUUGGAUUAGUUGCUGAUAUGCAAGAAAACCAUAAAGAAUUGGUUAUUGGGGGAACUUUGCAACAAAGAGUUUCAAAUUGCCUUCAAGUCCUCGAUCGAUUAUUAAAACAAAACGAACCAAUCGUUUCGAGUAUGGUUGUAGCUGAAAAACGAGGUGGAGUUGGAGCCAAUAACAUAUUCGAUUCCGUUUUAAACAUAAUAGGUGUAACCAAUUUAAAAGCUGUGAGUCAUUACGCCACGUUCCCUGAGUUGGGGAUGGACUCAAUGAUGGCCAUUGAGAUAAAACAAACUUUAGAGAAAGAGUAUGAAGUGUUUUUGAACGCCCAAGAUAUCCGAAACAUGACCAUAUCAAAAUUAAAAGAGUUAGUCUCUGAACAAUCCGAUAUUGUAACAAAACCCAAUCAAAACGAACUCGAAUCCGAUCUUCCUGAAGACUUAAAACUACUUUUUAGGCACAUCGGAAGCGAAGAAACAUCAAACGAAAAAGUCAUCAAUUUAAAAUCAAAAGCAAUCUCAAAUAACCAAAUAAUUGCUUUAUCUGGAAUUGAGGGAAUGGCAGGGAUUUACGAGGCAAUAUCGAAAGAAUUACCCUCAAAUUUAAUGUGUCUCCAAUUUUGCGCCGAAAAUCAUUCCGAAUCAAUCGAAGAAAUCGCACAAUCUCUAUCAAAAAUCGCUUUAUCAUCAACAUCUUGCGAUAACUUCACGAUUAUUGCGUACUCUUUCGGUUGUGUGGUCGCAACGGAAUUAAUGUUUAUUUUGGAAUCUUUAGGAAAACGUGGAAAAGCGAUCUUCAUCGACGGAGCCCCCGAAUUAAUGACACGUUUAGCCAAAAAAUACUUCCCAUUUUACGAGGACGAGAUAUUCCAAACAUCUCUUUUAUGCGUUUUAAUGACUCGUUAUAUGCCUUUCGACGCGAUUUUAAAACAUAAAUCUGAAAUUUUAAAGCGAAAAUCUUACGAAGAUAAAAUUAAAUAUGGGAUUAGUGUGUCACCUUCGAUUAAUCACUCAGAAAAUUACAUUACUGAGAUGUGUAAGGCUGCUUUAAGUCGAUUAAAAGCGAUUAGAAAGUACGAACCGAGGGGGGAUAAAUUGAAAUCGAAGAUUCUUUUGGUUAAGCCGACGAAGCAAAGCUUGGUGGAGAUCUCCGAGGAUUAUAAUUUAUCAGCUAUUACGACUCAAAAAGUUGAGGUUAAAGUUCUAGAGGGGAAUCAUGUUUCUAUAUUAGAAAAUAAAGGGUUGGUGAGGGAAAUUGACGAAUUUUUUGGGGUUAACAAGGUGGAGAAAGCGAUUAAUAAAAUUAAUUUGAGAGGGGCUGAAAUGAUUUCACCUGAAAUUAAAACCAUUUAAGUUUAUUUAUUGUAAAGUUAUUUGUGUAAUAAUAAAUAAUUUACAAUUAUUA